AUGGAAUACUUCAUUGGCUUUGACGUUGGAACCGGCUCAGGCAGAGCUGGGCUCGUCGACAGCAAGGGAAAACUCAUCGCAGAGCAUGCUGAGGCCACCCAGACCCAUCGCUCCCCAACCGACGCUCGGAUCUUUGAGCAAUCCUCCACGAACAUCUGGAGGUCCCUCGCUACCUGCAGCAAAAAGGUCAUUGCCGAAUCUGGUAUCGACCCCAAGCAGGUCAAGGGCAUCGGAUUCGACGCUACCUGCUCGCUCACCGUCGUCAACAAGCAGGGACAACCUGUGAGCGUCUCUAGGACCGGUGCUACCGAGGACGAGGAGAGCGACGAAAACCUUGGCAAGGAGGGCGAGUGGAAUGUCAUCCUGUGGGCAGACCACCGAGCGGAGGAGGAAGCGGAGAAGAUUAACUCUACUGGGGAGGAUGUGCUUGAGUUUGUUGGUAAGACUAUGAGUCUCGAGAUGGAGAUCCCCAAGACCCUCUGGCUCAACAAGCACAUGAACAAAGAAAAAUUCAAGGACUGCAUGCUUUUCGACCUCCCUGACUUCCUGACCUACCAAGCCACCAGCGAUAUUGCCCGUUCAGCAUGCUCGCUCACGUGCAAGUGCUCCUUCGUUCCCAUUGGUGCCACCAUGAAGCACAAGUGCGAUGGCGGAAAGGAGGAGGUCAGCAAGUACGGAUGGCAGCCUAGGUUCUUUGAGAAGAUUGUAGGUCUUGACAAUCUGGUCAAGGAAGACUUUGAGUCGUUGGGUGGUAUCCCCGGCAAGAACGGUUUGGUCCUCACGGCUGGUCAGCCGGUCGGUAAGGGUUUGAGCAAGAAGGCUGCUGCGGACUUUGGUUUGACUGAGGGCACUGCUGUCGGUUCUGGUGUCAUUGACGCCUAUGCCGGAUGGAUCGGUACCGUCGCUGCCGCCGCUGGCGAGGGCCACCCUCAACCCAGCCUCGAAGACGCCGGCUCCCGACUCGCUGCUAUCGCUGGUACCAGUACCUGCCACAUCGCCCAGAGCAAGGACGGUAUACUCGUACCCGGUGUCUGGGGUCCUUACCGAGAUGCUGUCUUCCCUGGCCUCUGGAUGAACGAGGGCGGUCAGUCGUCUACUGGACAGCUUAUCGACUUUAUGAUCCAAACGCACCCUGCCUACUCCAAGCUUCAGGAUCUCUCCAAGAAGACUGGCAAGAACAUCUUUGAAUUGUUGGGCGAGCGCUUGGAGAAGCUGCAGCAGGAGAAGGGUGCCAAGACUCUGACCCACCUCACCAAGGACUUGCAUUUCUACCCCGACCUCCACGGCAACCGAUCGCCUCUCGCAGACUCUCGUAUGCGAGGUAUGAUCACCGGCCUCGUCCUCGACGAUGGUCUCAACGACCUCGCUGCCAAGUUCAACGUUACCCUCGAAGCUAUUGCUUUGCAGACUAGACACAUUGUCGACGAGAUGAACGAGCGAGGACACAAGAUUGAUUCCAUCUACAUGAGUGGCUCGCAAGCCAAGAACGGUCCCCUCAUGCGCCUCCUCGCCACCGUCACCCAAAUGCCCGUCAUCAUCCCUCCCCAGCCUUCCGCCGCUGUCGUCCUCGGCGCCGCCAUGCUUGGCCGAUACGCCUACAACCUCACCACCGACCGCCAAUCCGCACCCAUCACCAACCAGGCCGAAGCCGACGAGGCCAAGGAGAAGGGCGGCAACAAGCUGUGGGAUGUGAUGGUGGAGAUGACCCAGGAGGGCAAGGCGGUGGAGCCGAGGAAUGAUGAGUUUGGGGCUGCGGAGAAGAGGUUGUUGGAUGUCAAGUACAAGAUCUUUAGGGAGUCGGUAGAGAUCCAGAAGAAGUGGAGGCAUAUGAUUGCAGAGGAGACCAAAGAGGAGGAAUAA